AUGCCCGACACCCUGAAAGUCAUCGAGGAACGACUCCAACUACGCAUACAAGCCCAAGGGAACUUCCAGAAACAAUGGGCACUCGAGGAGGACUUCGAGAACGCUCUCAAGGAGGAAAGGAGCAUCAAACCUGGGAAGCCCACUAAGAUAGUAGCCGUGGGACGGAAGCAACCACGACGACCCAGAUUUUCUCCUCCAAAACUCGGGUUCAGGGAACCCACACCCCAGGAGUCGAUUGAAGUACUUGGCGAGAAAACAAGCUCUGAAGAAGAACAUGAGGAAUCGCUUGAUGAGUUCGAACCCUCGAGCAAGCUCGAAAGAAAGGCUGCCAAGCAACUCAUGGAUCUCAGAAGAUCAAGCCAAACCUCUACGCAAUCGACAUCCUACAAGGAUAUUGAGAAGAAAACCAGGACGAUUACAUUCACACCAUUCUCAGAAGAAGAAGAAUCCUCUGACGAAUCGGACCCUGGACGAGAAGUCUUCCGUGAAAGGGAAGCACAGCUCUACGAGGCCAACCAAAGCCCAACUCAUUACGACCCGGACGAACCAAUAGCUGCGCAAGCGAAUGUCGACUUCAGCGACGACCCGAUGGUCAAAAGGGCUUGGCCCACCAAAAAGGACUACCCUGAGUACCGACCACAGUACGAAAAGAAUGAGGACGAUCAAGAAGUCUGGUUCUAUGGAACAGACGAUACCGGAAUCGACGGGAAACCAGUAGUAUCCGUCCUAGAGGAACCUAUAUUCGGAGACCACGAGUACCUCGACCAAAAACACGCACGCCACACCGAAUCAAGGAAUUCAAAGCGAGCUGUCCGGAACACCCGGUUCUGUGCUACAACGGACUGA